AUCGAGCAGCCUGCAGCCGCUCUUCUGCUCGAGGCAGUGUGGGGGGACGCGGCCUCCACUCUCGUGGCCAGGCAGUCAUGCCCGACUUCAACAAGCCCGUCACGCUCCAGCUUGGGCCGGAGCCUGCGGCUGAGAGCGCGCAGAAGUCGACCGUGGAGAUGGAGCAGUUCUUGAAGCAGUAUUUCGGGGCCCCGCCGACAGCUCCGCACGGCACGAAGUUCAAGCCCGACCCGAAGGCAUUCUACGAGCACACGCUGCUGGUGAAGUUCCCGGACCCGAAGUCGAAGAAGAAGAUUAGGACCAAGACCAAGAUGAGGGGGGACUAG